AUGGAGGUCGAAGCUUUGAUGAUUCAAAGGGCGGAAUGCAAAUCCUUAAUGCUUAUGAUUCAAAAAUAUGUAAUGAAUUUCAAAACCGGUGAUAAUGUUAUAGGGCUAGUACAUCGUAAAGAAAAAUUAAUAGAUAAUUUUAAACAUCUUGAGAAAAACAACAAGAAACUAAAUACGUUACAGCCAGGGCAACAUGCCGAGGAAUACGAAAUUUUAUUCAAUUUACACUUUGACAUUUUGGCGAGCAUAGAAGAGCACUUAGGGACCACAGCAAUUAAAGAAGAAAAGAGUACAAAAAUGACGAAUAAUAUUAAGUUACCAGAUGUUGUACUACCUAAGUUCAACGGAGACUACAUCAUGUGGAAUGAAUUUAAGGAUAUCUAUGAAUCCUUGAUCCAUAGUAACGACAGCCUUUCGAAUGUACAGAAAUUGCAUUACUUAAAAGGGACUCUUGUACCACCAGCAUCCAACCUAAUCAGCAAUCUAUCAAUGACUAAUAAUAACUACUCCAUAGCGUAUGACAUAUUGCUUCAAAGAUACAACAAUAAAUUUGUUAUAAUAAAUUCGCAUCUACAAGCAUUGCAAGAUAUACCUCAAUGCACCAAAGGUUCGUACGAGAAUUUGAGGACAUUUUUAAACCAGGCACGGCAGCAAACACAGGCAUUAGCUACAAUCCAUGAAGACACUAAGCACUGGGAUUUGAUGAUCAUAUUCAAUUUAUGCAGCAAAUUGGAUCACGGAACGAGAUUAGCUUGGGGUUUGGCUCGAGAAAUGGGUGAACUGCCAUCACUAUUCCAAUUCUACACCUUUUUAGAGAACCGGGCAAGUGCUUUGGAAACUGCAGCUAAAUCAAGUAACACUGAAAGUACUGGAAGCAAAAACAAAAUCAUUAAUGUUGUCACUCAAAAACCGAACAAAUCAAAAAUAUGUGUCUUUUGUCAUCAAAAUCAUCUUUUAUAUUCAUGUUUUAAAUUUAAAAGGAACAGCCUAGCAAAGAAAAAAGACUUCCUGAAGAGCUCAAAUUAUUGUGAACGAUGCCUGGAACCAGCACAUCCAUUGAAGCCAUGUAAAUACAAAUUACCGUGCAAAAUUUGUGACAGGGAUCACCAUACAUCGUUACACGUGGAACAAGCAGCUGAGACUCCGGAGAAGGAAAGCACUGCCAGUGUUAUGUUUUCGCAGCAAGACAACACAACUAGUGUACUGCUAGCUACAAUUGCAAUUUCGGUUAUGGAUGCACAAAAUAGAACACACAUUGUACGGGCUCUGCUAGACAGCGGAUCACAAGUAAAUUUAAUAACGAGGGAUCUAGCGGACAAAUUAGCUCUACCUUUGAAAGGUAAUCUAAAUACAUUAAAGGUACUACAAGGAGGAUCAUUAACUAGUUAUAACACUAUGGCAGUAGAAAUUAAAUCCAAUAUAUCUGCAUUUUCAAGAAGGAUCAACUGCAUAGUAAUGGAAAACAUAACAAGUGAUCUACCGACAUCGAAAAUAAAUAUUGAAAAUUGGAAAAUUCCCAAAGGAGUGCUUUUAGCUGAUCCAAUGUUUGCAAGUCCUGGUCCAAUUCAAAUGUUAAUUGGAGCCGAACUAUUCUUUGAAAUUUUGCAGAAAGAUGUAAUUAGAUUAGGACACAACUUACCAAUUUUAAGAAACAGCUUGUUUGGAUGGGUACUAUCUGGUGCAUACAAGGAACAAACAAAUUCAAAUUAUGUUGGAUUUGUAUCAAAUGUACAACUGCAUGAAGCCAUCACCAAGUUCUGGAAUUUGGAAGAAGUGUUAGAACCAACAAUCCAUGGGUCAGAGAAGGUAUGUGAAGAAUACUUCUCAAAGACUGUCAAUCGUACAAAAAGUGGGAGAUACAUAGUGUCAUUGCCAUUUAAACAGGACAAAAAAAAUGAAUUAGGAGAUUCUUUACAGAUCGCAACAUCUCGCCUUUUAAACCUAGAAAAACGGUUUAAAAGAAAUGAAGACUUAAAAAUAGCCUAUUCAGAAUUUAUGAACGAAUAUUUAAAAUUAGGACAUGCAGUACCGGUACCAAUAGCAGAACUUAAUAAUCCACAUUAUUAUUUGCCACACCACCCAGUUAUUAAGCAAUGGGGCUCAACAAAGUUACGAGUUGUUUUUGAUGCUGCUGCAAAAAGUUCAACGGGGGUUUCACUGAAUGAUACACUGCAUACUGGACCAAAACUGCAGCAAGAACUAUUAUCUAUUUUAAUCAGAUUUCGCUGUUGGAAGCACGUUUUUAUAAGCGAUAUUGUAAAGAUGUACAGACAAAUAAAAAUGGAAAAGAGCGAUCAAGAUUUUCAAAGAAUUGUAUGGAGGAAGUCACCACAGGAGGAUAUACAACAUUACAAACUCACUACGGUCACGUAUGGUACUUCAUCAGCUCCAUACCUAGCAAUUCGCUGUUUAAACCAACUAGCAGAAGAUGAAAAUCUACCAAUAGCAGCCGAAACUGUGAAGAAAGAUUGUUAUGUUGACGAUGUCAUAAGUGGGGCCAACACAAAGCUAGAGGUACUCGAUAAGGCAAAGCAACUUACAGAACUACUAAGCAGAGGCGGUUUCACUCUCCACAAAUGGGCCAGCAACUGCAAAGAAUUACUUGAAAUGCUCUCACAACAGAAAGGAGAAUGCAAUGAGACAUUCUUUUCAGACGGUUUAGGGGUUGUUAAAGCUCUUGGCUUAAUAUGGAAGCCAGAUGAAGAUGUAUUUAAAAUAACAACACCAGAACAAUUGUCAUCAGUUUAUACUAAAAGAAAUAUUUUAUCAUCCAUUGCACAAAUAUUCGAUCCAUUGGGAUUAAUUGCACCCAUUGUGGUGAGAGCUAAAAUGAUAAUGCAAAAUAUUUGGAAAGAAAAGACAGAAUGGGACGAUAAGGUCUCUACAGAAGUCGUUGAACAAUGGAAAUCAUUUCAUCAAGAAUUACCUAUAUUAAAUGAACUAUAUAUUCCAAGAUAUAUUUUGAAUAUAAAAGGAGAGUUAAAAGAUUUACAGUGCCAUGGGUUUGCGGAUGCUUCGAUGGCAGCAUAUGGGGCAUGUAUAUAUGUGAGAAGUACGUACCCUGAUAAGACUCUUGUGAAUUUACUAUGUGCUAAAUCUAAGGUAGCACCAAUCAAAAACAGCACUUUACCACGACUAGAAUUAUGCGCAGCAGUGUUAUUAGCAAGACUCUAUAAACAUGUAUGUGAUGUAAUAAACAUUAAAUUCACUAGCUCGCAUCUAUGGAGUGACUCUACAAUAGUGCUGGCAUGGUUAAACACCGACAGCAGCAGCUUGAAAAUGUUCGUAGGAAACAGGGUGGCUGAAAUCCAAGAGAUCACAUCAGGAGCAAAGUGGAAUCAAGUGGCAUCUCCAGAUAAUCCGGCAGAUUUAGUAUCUAGAGGAAUGACGGUUCAGGAGAUCACACAAUCCAAAUUAUGGUGGAAUGGGCCCUCAUGGCUCUCACCACAAGAUAGUAAUUGGCCAGUAACGGAAGUAGUAAAAACAUCUCCAAUUCCAGAGCAAAAGGCAGUACUUCACAUUAAUACAUGCACAACUAACCCAGAAUUUGCAACAAUAUACACAAAAUUUUCUAAAUUUCAUAAACUAAUGCGUGUUGUAGCUUAUUGCCUCAGAAUAAGAAAGAAAUAUAAAAGACUGCGUUCCCUGGAUAAUAUUACAGCACUAACUGUUGCAGAGUUAGAAAACGCUCAGCAGAUAAUAAUUAGAGAAACACAACAAGAAGUUUACAGGAGCGUCGUUGAAGAACUAAGGAGCAAGGGUAGCUCAGAGUUUAAGACAGCUCAAGAGCUGAAACCAUUAAAUCCAUUUGUUGAUGCGGAAGGACUUCUGCGAGUAGGUGGUAGAUUGGAGAACUCACAGUUACCAUACUCGCAAAAACAUCCAAUAAUUCUUCCAAGGAGACAUUACAUAACACGACUGCUGUUGCGACAGGAGCAUGUAAGAUUAUUACAUGCUGGUACUCAAGCCAUCUUGAUUAACAUACGGCAAAAAUACUGGCCUAUAAAUGGAAGAAACAUCAUCAAAGGAAUAAUCAAAGAGUGCACAAUAUGUAGGCGCUUUCAAGCAGCACAAAGUCAACAGCUAAUGGGAUCGUUACCUGUUGAUCGAGUGACAAGUAAAAGACCGUUUCUUGCUGUAGGUGUGGAUUAUGCUGGUCCCAUUGAGUUGAGAGCAAGCCGACUGCGCAAAGCACCAAGAAUAAAAGCAUACAUAGUGGUAUACAUUUGCAUGUCCACUAAAGCAGUACACUUGGACUUAGUCACGGAAUUAUCAACUGCAGCCUUUUUGGAUUCAUUGAAACGCUUCGUGUCACGAAGAGGUGUGUGCCAAACCAUAUACAGUGAUAAUGGAACCAACUUCGUAGGCGCCAGUAAUGAAUUAGAUAGACUCUAUAAGUAUUUUAAAAAUAAUAUUAAUAAGAAAGAACUCAUUGAGAGUGUGUCAACCAUUGGAAUAACAUGGAAAUUUAUACCGUCACAUGCACCCCAUUUUGGAGGACUAUGGGAACGGAACAUUAGAACAAUGAAGCAUCAUUUAAAUAGGGUUAUUGGUUCAACCUGUUUAACUUAUGAAGACUAUUUAACUUUCUUGAAUCAAGUAGAAGCCAUAAUGAAUUCAAGACCCAUUAUCCCAUUAAAUGAUGAUAGCACCGAUUCUGUGUUUUUAACCCCUAGUCACUUUCUUAUAGGUGAUAUUAUGACUGCUAUUCCUGAACCCGUAGUAGAUAGUACUGCCCUAAAAAAUAAAUUAAACAUACAUAGACAGCUAAAUGCGAUGAGAGAUAGGUUUUGGACCAGAAGCGGGCAAAAUGGACAGCAUCCUUGGACAACCUAG